AUGAAGCCCGAAGAGAACGAUAAAGAGGACGAGGAUUGUGCUUUUUUGGAAAAGGUUUUGGACUCAUUAUACGAUUUUGGCGGUGGGGCGGUGAAAAAAAAGAAAAAGAAAAGGCAGAAAAGAUGCGGGCAAAAAGCCGGUCCAGAAGAUGCUGCUACCGUCUGCAGUGUCAAUGAAGACCAAGAAGCUGGACAAGAGUUCUCGGAGAUGACCGUUGAGAGUGAAGGUCCAGCAGUGACACAGGUGGAGGUGGUGUCCUUCCACGAUCCCACCAAGAGACAAAAAAAGACCAAACAGAUGCCUGAAAUCAAUGAAACACUUCCGCUGGAGAUUUCCAAAAAAGAGCCCAACGCUCCACAACAGGGUCUCAGUUUGGAGAAGGCUCGAUUGGAGGUGCAUCGCUUCGGCAUUACGGGCUACAAGAAGGAACAGCAGCGAGUCUUUGAGGAAGAGCGAGCCAUUAUGUUGGGUGCACGACCUGCAAAGAAGAAGUAUUUGAACUACAAGGUGCUGCAAGAACAAAUAAAAGACAAGAAAAAUAAAGUGAAAGAGGAGGUGAAGACGGACUUAAAGAAAAAGAAGACUCAACCAAGCAGGGACAAGAAGUCAACGGCGUCGUCCUCGGCACCAACGGGUCAAGUUGGCCGCUUUAAGGAUGGCAUGCUGAUUCUAAGCCCCAAGGAGAUCAAGACCAUCAAGGGCAAGAUGGGACGCAAAUGA